AUGGCUUCACUCAGGCAGGAGCACCAGUAUGGGCUCUCCUGUGGAAAAAAUACCAAAAACAGCUCCAGCAGGACGUUGUACCAUGUCAAACUUACGGACACGGCUAUCAGAGCGCUGGAGGCUUAUCAAAACCUCAAGGGAUCUUUACCAAGUGAACCAUCCAUUUGUUUUAAAGGACACCAAGGGUACAUCAAGAUCCCAGCUCCCACCCCAGAAUCACCGUCUGCCCUCCGUGUGUUUACUUUCUACUUAUCCAGCGACAGCAAAGACCAACCUCAAGCCAGCUUUGACUGCAUCCAUCAAUAUGUUUCAAAUGACGGCCGUGAGCAGCUGGAAGGCCAGGGUAUUAUCCAGGACAAGAUCACGGUGUGUGCCACUGACGACUCGUACCAGAUGACCCGAGAGAGGAUGUCUCAGGUGGAGAAGGACAGCUGGAGCCGCUCGGCCAUCGAGAUCAAACCGGGCACCACACAUCCAAAUAAAUGUGUCAAGUUCAACAAGAGGCCAGCUCCUCCGUCUACACCAGACAGCAGCUUCUUUAAGUCGUCUACCAAUAACAACCGGAGGAAUGGCACUAUGGCCACGCCGACCCAGAAGCCCUUGAGAGAGCGAAUCAUUCACCUGCUUGCUCUCAAACCGUACAGGAAACCAGAGCUGCUGCUGUGGCUGGAAAGAGAAAGAGCCAGUCCCAAGGACAAGGUCGAGCUGGGCGCCACUCUGGAGGAGGUGGCCAAGGUGAAUCCCAGAGACAGCAGCUACCUGCUAAAGGAUGACUAUUACAAACAUGUUCAGCGGGAUUGGCCCGGCUACAGCGAGGAGGAGAGACUUCAGAUAGCAAAACUGCUGGCCAGAAAGUUGCAGCCUCACAUCAGCCAAUCAAGGAAUUCCCAAUCAAAUUUAUCGAUAUCCAAGACCUCAGAGGAUGCAGUGCUGAAUCACAGCACAGCCAAAAGUUCUGCAGUGAAACGUCCUGUGCCUUUUGACUCGUUGGAAAGACUCGAGGUGAAGAAACAAAGAUUUGUGGACCAAAGGUUGCAGCAGCAGCCCACAGUAAAUGAACUCUCAACCAGUAAAGGACCCAGCAUUUCAACUCCCAUCCUUAACCCCAGUUUUCACACUAAGACUGAGUUUCAACGGACAAGUACUCAUACUGGUAACCAGAAUGGCUUGCCAGUGGGCCAUAGUGGCUUUCCAUUAAUGCACAAACUCUCUAGCACAUCUGAUGCACCCGUUUCACACAGCAAAGAGCAGGCACCCAGGAUAAGCAGCCACCAGCCUCCGCAGGGUGACUCUGACCGUGUUCACCAGCAGCUCGCCAACAGCCAGCACAAGAAGAGGAAAUCAAAAAAGCACAAAGACAAGGAGAGGGAGAGGUUAAAAGAUGAAAAAGGUGGUGACUGGAUAGAGACGAGUCCUGAUCUCAAGAAGAAGCUGGACAAACUUGACAAUCCUGAAAUCACAAAAGCUAUGGCAUCUGAGGAGAAGCCUGAUUAUGUGAUCACAUACGGCCCCAUUAUGAGUUUGGAGCAGCGUCAGAGGUACCAGCAGGAUUUCUGCGCUGAGUAUGAUGAAUACAAAGACCUCCACUCACGCAUCGCCACCAUAACUCACAUGUUUGUUCAGCUGGGGUCCAAGAUUAAAAGUCUGUCCCCUGGCACUAAAGAGUAUAAGAUAAUGGAGGACCAAAUAUUGGAAAAGUACAACAAAUAUCGAAAGAAGUUUCCAGGUUACCGGGAAGAGAAGAAACGCUGUGAAUAUCUCCAUGAAAAACUGUCCUACAUCAAACAGCUCAUCUUGGACUACGAUGUCUCCCAAGCUUCGUCAUAGCACCAGAUCUCCUCUCUGUCAGAUGUUUUCUUUUUAAAUGAAUGGAGCCACCUGCUUUGCAUAAACAACAUGGGAAUCAAACAAAAGCAUUUCACACAAGGGAUAGAAACUAUGGACCUCAAAACUGCUGGGACCACGUAUGAUGCUUAGGUACGAUGAACAUGAAUCAGAAGCCGAUGCUAUUUAUACUGUGAUUGUUGUAGUGAAUCACUUCUAAAGAUGAUGUGAAAACUUCAACUGAGAGGCCAAAAAAUCAGUGCUCAUCAGAUAAGUCCCUUGUGUCUGUGUAAGCCAUUUUAGUGGGAAUAUGUAACAUGUUUUUUUUUUAACAUUUCACACUUGAGUUAAACUCUGCUACCGGCUGGCACCCCUUACCUGCUGUCUUUUUAAAUCUGUGGACUUCAAACAGCAGCAGUAAAGACAUGGGUCCUUUUCAACUCCAUAUCAAAGCAUUCUCCUUAAUGAUACCUGAUUGAAACAGCCCUCUAAAAAAAACAUAAAUUUGGAAAGUUGUUUGAUCUCAGGAUCAGUUUUGACAUCUUCUUAUGUACUUUUUUAUUCAUUAACUUGUUCAUAGUGCAGAUUCCUUUAAUGGUUCAGGUAUUUAUCUUGAAGCAAGACUACCUUGAAGCAGUAGCUGCAUCAGCAUUAAUAUAUUGAAACUCAACCUUUUAUAAAAAAAAAAAUCAAAAAGACUAUGGUUUUUAUCUGGAAGUAAGUGGAAUAAUCUCACACUUGGGAAAAAUAAUAAAAGGAAUUAUCAAACCAGAAACUGAUGCAUUGAAGUAAAGGGAUCCUAUCUUUCACCUGGACCUUUUGUUUAGCUUAUGGUCUGGUCACUGAACAAACAAGUUCUUUAUAACAUCUGAAUCUAAAAUAGAAACAGGGCAAAGUUUGGAGAACUGCAGUUUCAUGCUGUCUCCCAAAUAUUCUAGUGCUGACAGUAUUUAUUCAAAACACUUAUUUAUUAAAUGGCUGGUAAAUGGACCAAAAACAAGAACCAUAUCGCCCCCAAAGCCAUUUAAUCAGGCACAAAGUCUAUUUCAAAGUAUUUAAAGCCACUGGUAACAAGUGUCUCUCUCUUUUUUGUUUUCCUUAGAACUACUGAUGUAUUUAUUUAAAGCCACCUCCAUCUGUUUUGUGUUAUUGAUCUGCUCUCUUUGAAGUAUCACGGCUUAUAAGAUCAAAGAUUGUUAUAAAAGAAACUGGGGGGCGUGAUUGUUGUUAUGAAUGGAUCAAAGGUUAUUUGUUGUUUAAGGAGAGUGCAAAGCUGCUCUACAUCCUUUCAAUAUCAAUGCAGGCAUGGCAACAGAAAGGGACAGUAGCCAUUCAUUCAACACUGAUUCAGAGUCUGAACUGUUCACUGUUAGAAAAUAAAAAACAGCAUUACUUACAUGUUCACAAUGUUUGCAAUACUGGGAUCAUCUGUGUCAGUUCAAAAUUCAGACACUUAAAUUUAAUGUUUGCAGUGAAAGAUUCCUGAGCUAAUUGUGGAAAUCUGCAGCCAUAUUGCUUCAGAGAGUGUAACAGGAAGCACUGUUGACAAUAGUGGUACAGUAACCUUGAAAGUUUUACAUUUAAUAAUCAGUGCCCAGUCCAUGUCUUUGCACUAAAGCAAGUCUGAAAAAAUCAUGACUCCACUCAGACUGUAAUUGUUCAUUUGAUUACAGUUUUUUUUUUUUUUUUUUUUUGCAUUGACUGUUUAACACACAGUCAUUGAUUUAAAGCCUUAGAUUACACUUUUACUGGACAAAAACCUCAAACUACCAAUGCCAACUCAUUAUCCACACACACUUCUUAUCUGCCUUACAUUUUAGUUAGCUGUUUCAUUUCUACCUGUUCUAAUGAAUGCCUGUGGUGGCGGUCUCAAACUUCUGUGUACUAUCUGGAUAAAAUCCUUAUUAUGAGAUUUGGAAAAGGCUAUGAUGAUGUAGCCUUUUCAUGAUUCACAUUUUAAUCCUUCUGGUACUUUAGUAAUCACUGUUGGGCUUUAUUCUGCGGUCAGGUAUUUUCCUGUACUACCACUUUGUUAAAAACACAGGGUAGUUUGGUUGAGGUGAUCUUCACUGAUUUCUGUUACAUUUUAAGCACAAAAACAUAAAAAAAAUAAUACUCCA